AACCAUUUCUGCCUUCUCCUCCCACCGGUCAUCACAAGUUUUAUCAAGAUGAGCAUGCGCACACGUGCGUUGGUCUUUUCCACAUUUUUUGGGAGCUGUCUGGCCAUCGGCCUGCUGCUUGUGAGUUUGACCACUAACCAAUGGGUUCGCGCACAUCCGCGACGACACACUUCAUCAAGGGCUAAAGGAGAUGUAAAUUUUGGCCUUUUCUAUGGAAAUCAGCACCUAGACCUCGGAUUUGGAAUUCGGACCUAUCCGGUUAAUGUUUACACCUUCAUUCAAACUGAGAACGGCGACACAAGCUUCUGGCUUUGGCUUCUUACGACAUUGGGCACUGGAUUUGGCCUCUUGGCCUGUGCCGUCGCUGCCAUAGCUGCUGUCGUAAAGUCUGCAUCGGCAGCCAAAAGAGGUGGCACCAUGGUUCUGAUUCUUACUGCCAAUAUGUCAGCCGCGGGAGCGCAGGUUGUAGCCUUUGUCGCAUGGCUAGUGCAGUUUUAUCAGUAUCUCAUACACAACGUGCUUCUCACCGAGCACCAGCAGCAGCACUGGUAUAGCACUGGGCUGGCUUACCUGGGCUACAGCUUCUACUUGGUCGUGAUAUCCACCAUUGUAGUGCUGCUCAACAUAACCAUUCUCCUGUAUGCCAGACACCGAGAAGGUCGCGAUCGCCGCCUUCGCCUGGAGCCGGAAAGCAAGGACAAGCAUCAGGCCGCCAUAAUGCUGUACUAGGACAGGCAGAAGGAAGCAAUCCUAAAUGGACCUCAAAUGAUCUACUCGAAUAUGGGGAGGAGUAGCGACCACCAAGUAAUCUCAGUGGCUCAAAUGCUUGUGCCUUACUUAACGCCUUUGCUUGCCAAAAAGAAGGGCCACACACAUACCCACACCAACAUGUACCGCAUACGCACAUAUCUAUACAUACAUAUAUUUAUCGAAUAUUUAUACAUACCAACACAUGUAUGUAUGUCCGAAAAAGCUGAGAUAUUUCAGUGGCCGGCUGAAGUCUGAAAAGCAUGUUGAAUUGCAUAAACAAACUUGAUGGAACAAAGCAUUAGAUACUGCCCGCACGUAUCUCUAUAUACUUAUACAACUAUCUACAUAUACUAUAUACAUUUUAUAUACUCGAAUGACCUUUACAUACUCUGUUUUCGAUACAUAUUCUGCUCAUUUGCAGCCAUGCAUUUUUUAUGUGUAUACAAAUACAGCAACAGUCAUUGUUAAGAAAUACAAAA